AUGCAUCCCAGUGCCCUCCUUGGCCUCUUGGCCUUCGCAGCUGCAGUGGCUGCAGCUCCCCCGGGGCGUCACCUUGACCCCCAUUCGAGCUACUCUGUCAAGAACCUCAAGAGCCACAUCAAGAAUGUGGUCAUCUUGGAAAUGGAGAACCGCUCCCUGGAUAAUCUCCUGGGUGGCCAGACCCUCAAGGGCCUUGAGAACCCCAUCAACCACGGCCACUACUGCAACCCAUACAACCUGACCGACCACUCUCAGGGCAAGGUCUGCAGCGCUGCCAAGGAUUUUGACUCGAUUCUAGAUGACCCGGCUCACUCUGUCACCGGCAACAACAUCGAGUUCUAUGGCACCUUCACCCCAGACAACGCCGCUAUUGCCAGCGGCAAGCUCACUCCCACCCAGCAGGGCUUCGUACACGAGCAGCUGCGCCGCUAUGGUGACGAUGUGGAUAAGACUGAGCUGGCGAAGCAGGUUUUGAACUACUACACCGAAGACCAGGUUCCUGUUUUCACCUCGCUGGUGCAGAACUAUCUGACUUUUAACCACUGGCACUCUGACCACCCUGGGCCCACCAACCCUAACCGUGCCUAUGUGCUCUCCGGCACCUCGGCCGGCCACGGCACCAACGAUGCCAGCUUCAAUUCCGACGUGCACGGCCUGACUCAACGCUCCAUUUUCCAGCAGCUCUCCGAGACUAACCACACCUGGAAGAACUAUUAUACAAACACCGACAUGGUGGACGCUUUCUUCUUCGACUGGACCUUCACCUCCGGCAACACCGACAAAGCUGUGCCUCUGUCCACCUUCUACUCUGACGCCAAGGCGGGCACCCUGCCGGAGUUCAGCUUCAUCGACCCGUCCUGCUGCGGCGUCGGUACAAACUCCAUGCACCCGACUGGCCUGAUCUCUGACGGCGAAAUCUUCAUUAAGAAUGUCUACGACGCGCUCCGCGCCUCGCCGCAGUGGAAUCAGACCUUGUUCAUCCUGACCUUUGACGAGACAGGUGGCUUCGCGGACCACGUGCCCCCGCCUCUUGCUGCGCGCCCGGAUAACCUGACCUACACUGAAACUGCGCCCAAUGGCGAGAAGUACACCUUCUCCUUUGACCGUCUCGGUGGCCGCAUCCCCACUCUGCUAAUUUCGCCGUGGGUCGGCAAGGGUCUGGUUGAGCAGAAGGGUACCAACUCGGAUGGCGAGACUGUGUCCUACUCCGCUUCGUCGAUUCUACGGACCCUGGGUUACCUGUGGGACUUUGACCCGUUUACGCCGCGUGUUGCGACGUCCGCUUCGUUUGACCACUUGAUCACGAAUGUCCAGCGCGGCGAUACUCCUGUUACCCUGCCCCAGCCCAAGGCAUUUAAGGUGAAGGCGUAA